UUGUUCGAUCACAUAGCAGAAUGUAUGGCGCACUUCAUGAAGGAGCAUGGUGUGUAUCGAGAGCAACUUCCCUUGGGCUUCACCUUCUCCUUCCCUUGCAAACAAGAGGGUCUGACUAGAGCCAGACUUGUCCAGUGGACUAAGGGCUUCAGAUGUAGUGGGGUUGAAUCACAGGAUGUUGUCCAGCUCCUCCGUGAGGCUGUUGCACGGCGUGGGGUAUGUCUUACUACUCUCAUUUCCAGAAUCAAGAGCAGAACUUACCUAGAUAUACAAAUUACCGUGUGUGCUUUAAUCAAUGAUACUACGGGGUGUCUGAUGUCCUGUGCUUGGAAAAGCAGAUCAUGUUAUGUGGGUGUCAUCAUUGGAACAGGGACCAAUGCCUGCUACAUGGAGGAACUGGAUAAUGUGGAGCUAGUGCAAGACUUGCCAGAAGUGAAUGAGGAAGGUCCAUCACAGAUGGUGGUCAAUACUGAAUGGGGUGCUUUUGGAGACAAUGGGGAAUUGGAAUUCAUUCGUACUGAGUAUGAUCACGAGAUAGAUAGGAAUUCCAUCAAUAAGGGUCGUCAGCUGUAUGAGAAGAUGAUCUCGGGUAUGUACAUGGGAGAAUUGGCCAGACUGGCUCUGGUUCGCUUAGUGAAGAUGAACUUGAUCUUUGAAGGCCAAGGUUCAGAGCAACUCUUUGAAAGAGGCUCCUUUGCUACAAAGUAUAUCUCUGAAAUUGAAGAUGACAAGCCAGGAGAAUAUCAUAACUGUAUGCAAGUGCUGGAGGAGUUGGCUCUUGAUGCAACUGAAGAGGAUUGUGCCAGUGUACGAUACGUUUGUGAGUGUGUGAGCAGACGUGCAGCUUAUCUUGUUUCAGCUGGAAUUGCAACGCUCCUCAAUAAGAUGAAGAGACCCAAGGUCACUGUGGCUGUGGAUGGCUCUGUCUAUCGGUUUCAUCCGCACUUUCACGACCUCAUGACAGCCAAGAUCUCACAACUCCUCAAGCCUGGCAUUAAGUUUGAACUGAUGCUCUCUGAAGAUGGAAGUGGGAGAGGAGCUGCCCUGGUUGCAGCUGUUGCUUGCCGAAUUGCCCUACAACAGGCAGAGCAGCAAUCUUCAGCAUCAUCCUGAGAUUAGCUGUUACAAUUGGUGUUCAUUUCUAUAGUCAAGAGGACUGAGAGGCGAGGCUCCAUUUCUCAUGUGUUAGUUGAGAUGUCACACUGCAACUAGUACUUGCCUUCCCUGUUCGAGAUGUAUGUUUUAUUUUAUGGCAUUGAGAUUGAGAAGAACUGGAAUUUUACAUUGGAUUUAUCAGAACACACUUAGGAUGUUUUACGCUUCCUGUUUGGCUGAGUUGUUGAGGAUCAGAUUUUUUAGGAUGCUGGAGUUGGUGCAAAGUAGUCCUGUCCUUCAAAAUAUCUAGGAAGGCUUUAUGAAUGUACCUUGACUCCAAAAAACUAGACUAAGCUCCCACUCCUGAAGGAAGUCAAAUACUUUGGAGAGCAAGUUCCAUUUCAGGGAGCUUCAACUCACUGAGUCAGUGUGGUGCCUAUAAAUCUGGCUUUCUUGGGUUGCUUUUGGCCCGAUGUUGCAAGACAGUUUGUACAGAUGAUGUGCAAUAUGAAAAAGUGAAUCUCUCGUGAUAGUCUGUCUGUAUGUGUGCAAGGUGAGAAGAGAGCUGGUUGUUUUCAUCUCUUGUUCUUGGCAAGUAUUCAGUUUUAUUGUAAGACCAUCACUCUUCUUUGUCCCCUGUUGCAUGAGAGAGUAUUUAUUAUAUUGAUUAUGCCUGCUGUUAUGGAAGCUUUAUUUUGAAGAUUUGUUUCUAAUUUGAAAUAGGUUCCCUCUGGGCUGCACUUCCUCCAGUCAUAUGCAACAUAGAAAAAAACUAAUCUGCAACUAGGAUAUAUUUAUUAUGCUCAAAAUGGCCGCCUUUGCUUUACAUGGUAUUUCAUGGUUUUAUUUCUAAAUAAUUUUUUUUUCAAAACCCUUCUUUCCUGUUUCAAUCUCAUUGCACUUGGGUCUGAAGGAAUCUGGAAUUAGAAUCCUUUCAUCCACA